UCAGGCAACCAAAAUUUGUAUAAUGUAGAUCUUUGCCGGCAGAAUGGAGCGACGCACAUCCCGCGCUGAGGAGGAGCGAGCGGAGAGGAGAGUGAGGUUCCGCGUGGCGUCGGCGCACAGCGGCCGCGUCCUGAAGGAGGUGUUCAGAGACGCGCUCGAAGACUCCGCGGACACCGACACCACUGCGAGCUCAGAGCCGGAGCGAGCAAACUCGCCCGUUAUCACGGAGGCCAACAGCCACCUGAGCGGCCUGCAGCUGGGGCCAGAACCGGACGACAGCGGCAGCGAACCGGACGAGCUGCUCAUGUACGCCAGUGCAACCAAGGAGAAGCUCUUCACCGGAAAACGCGUGAACAUCUUCAGCAAGAACGGAACGAUUCGGGGCGUGAGGGAUAAAGUGAGCGCGGGACAGGUGCUGUUUAACAACCUGUCCAAAAUGUAUGGGGAUUCGCUUAUUAUGAACCGGCCUAAAAGUCCAUGAGAUUUUGUCUGAAAACAGCCCUGGAUGUCCUGCAGCAGAGGAUGCUGGGUCACAAAUUAGGACGUCACCCUGGGUGGAUGUGCAACAGGCUUGAGCGUGUGAAAGUGAUGAACA